AUGAAAGUGGACAAAUCGAAGGCUCCGGGGAAGGCAGUGGGAGACUCGGCCAGCCGUGCAGAGUCAGCGCUGAGUGCCUGCGCGCUGAGCUGUGAGAACCCGGCCAGCACCGCUCACAGGCUGUGGUCUGCAGGGCCCCCUGGCGUCUGCGCCGCUGGAACAAGGACAGCCGCUGCUCAGCAGGAUCGCUUUCCAGUGAAGAGGGAUCCAAAUAAGCAGAUGCCGCAGCACUGGCCGGAUGGUGAGAAGUGCUUCGGAGACUCAGAGCGGAGCAAGCGGCGGAAGAAGAGCCGCGAUGGUCGGAGGCUGUCUGAACGACAGAGAGAGAACAGGGAGACCGCACACAAACCUGGAAUAAGACUUGGAGGAGGCCGGCGGGCCGCGCGGGCAGCUCUCUGUUCAUCUGAGCAGAGGGAAAAUCCCUGUCUUCGCAGGUCUGCACUCCGGGUGUGCGCCCGGUCUCAGGGCGUCUUUGGUCUUACCGGCGAGCGGCCUGUUGCUGGCUGGCGAGCAGCGACCCAGCUCCUGCUAGGAACCUCUUGGCUCCUCAGAAGCUCCGAGAGACGAAGAGGCCGCGGCUGUGCGUACAGACUCCCUGGGAGCCGCGGGCCGGCUCCCUGUCGGCUGGGAGGCUCACGACCGCACGUCCAGCCAGCCUCAGCCGGGCCUUUAUUUAGAUGUCAUUUUGUUUCCAAAUAA